AACCACUAACGGACGCCAAGUCGGAAGAUCAGAUCUGCAGUGAGCAGCUUUAGUUUUUACUUGAUUAAAAUAGUAAUUAGUUAGAUUACUCGUUACUAAAUAUAUAUAUAUAUAUAUAUAUAACGCCGUUAUUCGCAUCACUGGUUUCGAAGCUGUUCAGUAUCAACAGAUCGUGAAGAGACAGAAUCAGAAUUAUUCCACCAUGACUGUUUAACUCCGUCAUGAAGUCCUGGACCACAUUUAUUCUCCUCUUUUUCCUCGUGAUCAGUUUAUGUGGUGCUGAAGAAGAGAAGAAGAAUCUGUCAGGAACUAAAGGAGGAAACAUCACUCUGCCUGAUCCUCUACUGGAGAGAGCCUAUCUGUUAUAUGGAGGAAAGGACAUUGCCAGGGUGGAUAAUGGAAAACUCUACAUAAUCAAGGAAUCUUAUACUAACAGACUUCAGUGGAAUAAAUCCUCAGGACUCUUCACUCUGACAGACCUGCAGAGGAGAGACUCUGGGAUUUAUAUUAUUGACUCUAUAGAAGGAAAAAUAUUUGCUAAAUCCUUUAAUGUCACCGUUUACGAUCCUGUAGCGCCUCCUGCUGUCCAAACACUGAAUGUGAGCUCUGACAGCUGCUAUCUGCUGUGUGCUGUGGACAAAGCUGCAGAGAUCACACUGUGGUGGUACAAAGACCAGGAGGUGGUGGACCAGAGCAGAUCUGCUGGACCUCUGCCUCUCACUGUGACCAAGCAGGACUUCAACUCUUCAUACAGAUGUGUGGCUGGAAACCCUGCAGAGAACAAGACUCUACUAGUGGAUCUUCAGAAGGUCUGUGGAGAGAACUUCACUGCAGGAGAGAACAACACAGAAUCAAGACAUCGUUGGAUCAUAACUGGAGUCUCCACUGGAUGUGCUGUGCUUACUGUUACAGUCGCUGCAUUUUUAAUCUGGUUGACGUGUUUCAGCACCUCAGAGAGAAAAGAUUCUCUGGACUCAACAACAGAAGUGGAGUACGCUGGAGUAAAUAUCUGUGCUGACACACAGUCAGGGAGGACAUUUCCCGGAUUCACCAGGAUCUGCUGACCGGCUGUUGGUUUAUCACGUGAUAGAUCCAGACUCUGAAGGUCACGUCUGACAGCAAACAACACAUUUCUACCUCUGGACUUCAGUUCUGUUGCUUCAGAACCAAACUUAGCAUCUUUUCACCAGCUCUCCUCUCCUUCACUCUGCUUUCCCCGCCUUCUUUUCCCUCCCCCAAUGGGCAGGAUCCAGGAAGAGGAAGUGUAGAUAAGGUGGGGGCGUGGCCUGUUAGAGUCCCUCUGGGACCAUGUGGCCAUCUCAGUUGACUCUGUGUUGUUACUCAGCAUUAGCAGUGAGCAGUUAGCAAUGGCAUCCUAGAUGAAGUCUGCUUGUAUAGUCUCUGUCAGUGGUGAGCUUGGUUGAAGUAGUGAUGUAUCUUAGCAUUAGCAUGUAGCACUAGCAAGUUUGGUGAGCUAGCUUGUAUAGUUUCUUUGUCAGUGGUAAGUUUGCUUUGGACAUGGCUAGCCUUAGCAUUUAGAGGGAUUUGGAGAGGUUAUAAGUAAAGUUUCCUUGUCACUUUUUUCAGCAGUUGGCACUAGAUAUUUAGCAUCUUGCACUAGCUAACUGCGAGCAUCAGCACUGGUCCCUACCUGGAGCAUCUCCUAAACGGGCCUGGGUUAGUUGAACGUGGCGGUGCUGUUUGGAUUGUGUAGGAGCAGAGUGAAUCUGGGACACCAGAGUUCACCGGUUAGCUUCAUGUUGUAGGACUAAAUAGGAGAAGCACUGUUGAAAGGUUUCCAUCUGAUGACCCCCAGAGAUGUUAGAAUCACUGCUCUCUGGUGUACAGUGAUGGUCAGGAUCCUAGGUCCUUCACUGAGUGGCAUCCUCUUUGAUUGGAGAACAAAUGUCUUUAAAAUGUGUUGAAACUGUUUACUAACAUGGUGUUCAUCAUUAUUACUUAAAAAAGAACAAAUGCAUCUCCUGAUUUUUAUCAUUUUUAUAUAUAAUGUAUAUUUGAUAAGUAUUUAUUUUUUCACUAAGUCUAUUAAUAUUUCUAUUUCCUGUUUUUGCUCUUUUAAACUGUUUACACCAGCUACAGCGUCUUAUUGCUGAGGUAAACCAUACAGAGACAGUAAAGACGUGAUUCUGAUCAGGGAGGAUGAGAGGAAACAAACUCCACACAGAUGAUUCUGAUGAAACUGAAUAAUACACUCUGGAAUGAACUUUAACUGUUGAUUUUAUCUUUAUUGUCGUCGUCGUGUUCAUAGAAAUCAUAGAUGCCUCACGCCACUGUCCAGCAUAGGCUGGCGAUGCGUUACCGGCCGCCAUCUUGGAGUGGGAGUGAAGUUGUAAACAACCAACAUCUGGUAUAUGCGAGACCAUUACACAGACACAGUUUUCCGCUCAUACCUUACCUUGUAAUGCAUAGAUUUCGACAUGGUAUGGCUCAUUUGAAAGCUUACAAGGUCGUUUUUUGAUUACACUCCCAAAGAGAUGGUGUCAAUCAGCACAAUAAGUUUUAGGGACCCUUUUCCUGCAACUGUUUGUUGUGUUGACCUGUUGUGAUGUCAGGUUUCUCUCAUCACUAUGAUAAGCAGCUUCUAAGUUUUAUUUAUUUAGUCUACUGAUUAUUCCUUUUUUGUGCCGCAUUUCCAUAUGGGAUUAACAUCUUUGAACAAUUAUCAAAUUUACACCCAGAGAUACAAGGCUGUUGGUAGUAUAGCUAAUAAUUAUGAUUUUAGAAUUUAACCCUAUAAGCUGCAGUGAAUUCCAGCCGUUUUCAGUACAAAAAAUCGCUAAUAUUUUAUUUGUAAAUAAAAAAAUUACGAAAAAUACGGGGAAUAUUGGACGCGCAUCGCGAGGUGCAUUUCCUUGAAAACGACCGAUUCGGGGAUUUUAUACCGACUUCAGGACAUGUUUUGGAUAAAAUAGUUUACUGGCUUGUGUCAUCUGAUGUCCAAGGUUGGAUUAUGGCCGUUUUUUGUGGAAUCUUUUCAUCUGUGUGUAAUAAUGAACCCAGAAAUGUGAGUCGCGCUGUGUACGUUGAAGCCGUGUAUAGAGAACGGAUGGAUGAAUAUUCGUCGUUUGUCGGACAAAUGUGUUUUUCUCACCCGCUGUGGUAAUCACAUCUGAAAGUGGUUUAUACCGGCGGAUUCAUGAGAAUCUAAGCUUUCCAUCGGUGUAUAGUGUUUGUAUAAUCAAGUUUGCAGCGUCGGUCAAUUAAGCGAAAUACUUUAGCGCAUCUCAAAACGUCCCCAAAAACAGGACGCUGAAGCUUAUUGUGGUCUAGUGAAUAUCUGGUGAAAUCUGUGAAAAGUUCAAUGGAAAGGACAUACUCACUUGUGGAAUGUGAUUCCUUGUGCCCUUGUGUUUGGGUUGCGUUGUAUUGUACACCCACAGGCCGCACAAGACUGUGGCAUUUUGAGAUUUGUUGUCAAUUGGUGUGUGAUAAACACGCUUAUCGCUGGUUUGUUUACUCCCGCUUGCUCCCGUUCCAAGAUGGCGGCGCACUGACGCAUCGCUCAUUGGCCGGCGAGGCAUCUAGUUUGUAUUUAUAUCUAUGGUUGUGUUUGCCCUCCGACUUUUGAAUAUAAAAUGAUACGACUCAUUUCCUGCUGCUAACUGCCGUCUUUAUUCGGCGUCCGACCUCUGUACACAUACCGUACGUCUGGAUCUCAUGAGAUAUAAAACAUAGACACAACUAUGGUGUCCCGUAAUGAACAAAACAAGCAUGCCGCGCACGUCAGGAUAUUACAGUCAUGUUCUUUGCUGUGUUUCUACAUGUGUUAAAUCUGAGUGUGUCCAACAUAAAAACACUGAACUUUGUUAGAGUGAAUGAAAACUGUCCCUAAUGUUACAGAUUGUUAGGAAAUAUGCAGACAUGUUUAUAUAUUACUACAUUUAUAUUUUAUUAAUGACAUUUUAUUUUAGCCUUAUCUGUUGAACUGUGUGAUAACUGUUGUUGUCACCUUUAUACUGACUAAAGAGUGGAGUGUUUGAGAUGGACCAAGCUGAGCUUUCAUUCCAAAGAGGACCUUGAACAAAAGUGGAGGUGAUGGAGGCUGAGCUUACCUGUGAUAAAAAGGGAAGAAAUGGGGAGUGCAAUGAGGGGGAGCCGCUGGGGAGGGAGAUUUCUUGUAUAUUCAUUUGUGAAGACUCUAAGAAUACCUCAGUGCAGAUGUAAUCCAUUGUCUGUACUCCUUGCUGCAAGUAAACUAUUAAAAAGACUUUAAAGCCUCA